GGGCAUUUCCGGAAUCCAAAAUCCACACGUUCUACACCGUACCGGAGGCAAAGGAAAACCUGUACUCCGCCCUGCCUCUCUCCCUCCUCCUCCUCCUCGAUAUCGCCCUCUCUCUCUCGGAUUCUAUCGCAGAGCGGAGGAGAAGAAGAACGGCGAGCUCCGAUUAUACGAGCUCUCUUCAAUUCCUCCGGCUCGCCGGUGCAAACAGACUCCGAUGCCUCAACAGCUUCCGCAUAAAUCCCUAGCUUCUAGCAUGAAUGAACGAUUCUAGUAGAUUAAAUUAUUGUCACUGCCAGUUGUUUGUCGCGGUUCCGGCAUUCUUCUUCACAGGACGCAAUUAAAUUUGCCUUCUGCCAAAAAAGAAAGAGAAGUGACACUGUUAUGGAGCUGUAAUUACGAAUUGGUGCAAUUGGGCUGUCUCUUGUUUUAUUAGUUGUGUGUACUUCUAUCAGAAUCAAUGGCCAGUACAUUUAAUCCGCAAAUUUUGGUGGAAAAGCUAGCCAAGCUCAACAACUCACAACAGAGCAUAGAGACUCUAUCGCAUUGGUGUAUUUUCCAUAUGAACAAAGCGAAACAAGUUGUUGAGACUUGGGCCCGACAAUUUCAUUGCUCCCCACGUGAGCAAAGAUUGGCUUUUCUAUAUCUUGCGAACGAUAUUUUGCAGAAUAGUAGGCGGAAGGGUUCAGAAUUUGUUGGUGAAUUUUGGAAGGUUCUUCCAGAUGCUCUUCGUGAUGUAAUUGAGAGUGGCGAUGAGUUUGGAAGAAAUGCUGCUCUACGACUGAUUGGCAUAUGGGAGGAGAGAAAGGUAUUUGGUUCUCGAGGGCAAAUUCUUAAGGAAGAGCUUGUGGGAAGGCACAUGGAAAAUGGUAACAGAAAUGGGAAGCAUUCUGGCUUAAAACUGAGACAUUCUUUUGGGAAUACAGUGGACAAAAUAGUUUCAGGUUAUCAGGUUAUUUAUGGUGGCCAAAUGGAUGAAGAUGUUAUAUUGAGCAAAUGUAGGAAUGCUAUUAGCUUUGUUGACAAAGUAGAUAAGGAAGUCAACGGUGAUUUGAGUUCAGGUCAACUCCAUGGAUCUGGAUUUGUGGAGGAGCUGCAGGGGCAGCAUGGUGUGCUGAGAGACUGUAUUGAACAGCUAGCAGCUGUUGAAUCAUCAAGAGCAACCCUUGUAUCUCAUCUAAGAGAGGCUCUCCAGGAGCAGGAAUACAAGCUGGAUCAAGUCCGUAGUCAACUUCAGGCUGCUCAGUCCCAUUCAGAACAGGCAGGUAAUAUUUGCCGGCAGUUGCUGUCCGAGCAGGGUCUAAAGGAACCUCAGACCUCCAAAGCCCCCCAUAAUUUUAUAGCAGGGGAUGGGGAGCAAUCUGCUCCUGUUAUGUACACUCGGCAGCUGCCUUACCCUGAAAAGUCAGGCCACAUUGAAGAAGACCCCCGCAAAUCUGCAGCGGCUGCAGUGGCAGCAAAGCUCACUGCAUCUACAUCUUCAGCUCAGAUGCUCACUUACGUCCUCUCCUCCCUCGCUUCUGAAGGCGUAAUCGGGAACUCUAUCAAAGAUUCUUCCAGUGAUUAUCCCUCUGAACAAAAGAGACCUAAGCUCGAUAAUGAUCAAUCUCCUUACAUGCCGCCUCAAAAUCCCCAACCCCCACUUCCACCUUAUCCGCAUGCUGAAGCAAUGCAACACAAUGUGACGACCAGCGCCCAACAAAUGACUUCAAGCGAGCAGCCGCCUCCCCCAGCAUCAUCUCCUCCACCGCUCCCGCCACUGCCUCCAUUGCCCCCCUAUGUUGUUCCCCAGUUCAUGCAACCUGCUGGAUCCAUGACUAAUGCACCGUACAGCUACGUACCAACUCAGCAACAGCCACCUUUGCCUGGCUAUCCGCCAGUAGGGGCUCCAGUCACCGGGCAUUCUCCCUUCACUGCCCCACCCACAAAUCCCUACCAGAAUUUUCAGGGACCUGAAGCUGGUUACUACGGCCAACAGCCGCCCUUGCCAAUGGCACCGAUCUCUCGGCAGUAGAAUUCCUAGCCGCACUUGGUUGCCUGUAAAUGCAACUCUCGUUUUCUGAAACUAGAUGAAGGCUUCUUUUUCUUUUUGUGCUGCAAUGUCUCUCAAUUUGUGUCUUGGUCACCAUACAUGUUAGAAUUUUGCACAUAAUUUAGUUGUAAUUCUAUGUAUUAACUGCUUUUAAAUUUAUGGGUUUAGAAUAAUUUGUUUGCAUAGUGAACUUGAAA